AUGAGAAGAAAUUUAGAACACCAAAAGGUGUUUGCUGAGCAGGCCACACAAAUAAAUGCUUGGGACAAGCUGCUUAUAAAUAACAAUCAGAAGAUUAUCGAAUUAAACGAUGCUGUGGGAAAGGUCAAGAACGAUCAGCAGGUGUUGGAUCAGGAGCUGGAGUUCAUAGCCACACAGCACAAGGAGCUGGAGGAGAGUCUGGCGCCGUUGGAAAAAGAGUUUAUUAACCUACCACGUGUCGACCAUGAGCGUAGUCAGACCUAUCUAAUGGUAGAGAAUCUAGAUACGCAGCUAAAACAGAUGUCGGAGGAUCUGAAAGAGAUUAUUGACAAUCUCAAUGAAGCCAACAAGGGUCAGGAUAAUACAGAUCCUAUUAUACAAAUUGGCAAGAUUCUGAACGCGCACAUGAGUUCGCUACAAUGGAUUGAAAAUGAGAAGGAAGGGUACAAUAACAGCAUUAAUUGGUGUGCUAAGAAAUAA